AUGGCGGCGAGCGCGCGGGACAGCGCGGAUGCGGCGGAGCGAGUCGUGGAUGAUCACGACGCAUGGGUGUCGGACGGCGAGAUGGACGUGGAGAUGGAUGUGGAAGUCGAGUUCCAAGACCUCGACGCCGACCGGAGGGACGGCGGCGCGGAUGGUGAUGAUGAGUACUUGCUGCUCACUAGGAUAAGGGACACAUCGGCAGCUGAAGCAAGGGCAGGAAAGGAUAUACAAGGUAUACCAUGGGAGAGGAUACACAUAGCCAGGCAAGAUUACCGAAAAGCUAGGUUGGAACAGUAUAAGAACUAUGAAAAUUUCCCUCAAUCAGGAGAGCUCAUGGAUAAGUUGUGCAAGCAAGUGGAGAAGAGCAGCAAGUAUUACGAGUUUCAGCACAACACUAGAUCAGUGAAGCCAUCAAUUCUCCAUUUUCAGCUUAGGAAUUUGCUGUGGGCAACCUCGAAGCAUGAUGUCUAUUUUAUGUCAAAUUCCACAGUAAGCCACUGGUCAUCAUUGUCUCACAAAAUAUCAGAGGUUCUCGACUUCUCUGGGCAUGUUGCUCCAGCGGAGAAGCAUCCUGGCAGUUUACUAGAAGGUUUCUCUGGGGUUCAAGUUAGCACACUUGCUGUGAAUGAGGGUUUGUUGGUAGCUGGUGGUUUUCAAGGAGAACUAAUUGGCAAGGAUUUGGAAGGCCGCAAUGUAAAAUUCUGUGCAAGGACAACUUUGAGUGACAAUGCUAUAACAAACGCCAUAGAUAUACACAGAUCGACAAGUGGAAGCUUGCGCAUUACCGUAUCUAAUAACGACUGUGGUGUUCGUGAAUAUGAUAUGGAGAGAUUUCAGCUCUUGAACCACUACCGUUAUAACUGGCCGGUUAAUCACACAUCCGUGAGCCCGGAUAAGAAACUUUUGGCUGUGGUUGGAGAUGAUCGGGAUGCUCUUCUUGUGGAUUCACGAAAUGGAAAGGUAACCUCUACCCUAGUUGGCCAUCUGGACUACUCAUUUGCUACGGCAUGGCACCCGGAUAGCCGGACCUUUGCGACCGGGAACCAGGACAAAACCUGCCGCAUCUGGGACACCCGCAACUUGUCGACCUCGCUUGCGGUAUUGCGGGGCAACAUCGGCGCGAUCCGGUGCAUUCGCUACUCCUCCGACGGUCGGUUCCUGGUGUUCUCGGAGCCUGCCGACUUUGUUCAUGUGUACAACGUGGCUGCAGACUACAAGAAACGGCAGGAGAUCGACUUCUUUGGUGAGGUAUCUGGGAUCACGCUCAGCCCGGACGACAAGUCCCUGUUCGUCGGAGUGUGCGACCGUGUCUAUGCCAGCCUGUUGCAGUACAGGAUGAUCCAUGCAUUCGACUAUCUUGACUCGUAUGUGUGA